AUGGAAGAGAGGACUGUACUCCGCAAGGAUCAACUGGAGAUCAGCUUGCACAAUGAGAAAAGACUAAUCAAGGAAGGCACUAUCAAGGACGACAACCCGCUAGACCUGAGUGAGCCAUUCCGUGAACUUUGCAGUGCUUGCCGGAGGGGCGAUCUGAAAGUCUGCCAGGAGAAAAUCACCGAGGGCGUCAAUGUGAACGCUCGUGAUCUAUAUGAUUAUACGCCAUUAAUCUUGGUGAGUGCUGGGAAAGCAACUGUUCUCUUUUCAGUCUCUCCACUAUAUCUCUUCAACAUCAUCAGGGACUGA